CUCGCGCGCAACCGGAAGUUCAGUGAGCCUAUAAGAGCACCAGGCACCUGGCUGGUAGAUAUUCUUGGAAAGGCGGGCUGGGAACAUCUCGAACGCUAGUUCCAGGACUUGGGGCAGUAGCCGCAGCGGCUCCCAGAGGCGAGAGGCGGCCUUCAGAGUCCCCGUCCCGUGGCGUGCAGCUGCGGUUUAGGGGAGCGUGAUGGCAAUGGCUUCCAGGGGCUUCUACCUGGCCUGCCUGCUGCUGGGCUGCCUGGGCUUCCUCUGCAUCCUCCUCAUCACCUACUGGACCCGGCACUGGCAUGGUUACUUCGCGUGGGAUGGCAGCCUGCACAUGUUCAACUGGCACCCAGUGCUUAUGGUAUCAGGCAUGGUGGUGCUCUAUGGGGUCGCCUUCCAGAAAGCUGGGAUUACAGGGGUGCACCUUGGACCCCAGCCAUGGCCUGUCUUCUUGGCAGCAUCACUGGUAUACCGCCUGCCUCAGGCGUGGCUGGGGCCCCGGCUGCCCUGGAAGGCCCUGCAUGCGGCCCUGCAUCUGGUGGCUUUUGUCUUCACUAUGGUGGGGCUGGUUGCUGUCUUCGGGUAUCACAGCCAUACUGGAGUCGCCCACCUGUACUCCCUGCAUAGCUGGUUGGGCCUUGCUGCCGUCAUCCUCUUUGCCUGCCAGUGGUCCCUUGGCUUCGCCAUCUUCCUGCUGCCCUGGGCACCACUGUGGCUGCGUAGCCUCUUGAAGCCACUCCAUGUCUUCUUCGGAGCUGCCAUCCUGUCUCUGUCUGUGGCAGCUGUCAUCUCCGGCAUCAAUGAGAAGCUGUUCUUCAGCCUCCCCUGUUGUGCGAGCACAAGUGACAUGGGAAGGGCCUGCGAAGCCCCCGCUGCAGUCUGCAACCCCUGGAAGUGUGAUCCAUUUGGCCUGCCUGGCAUUGGCAACGUCUCCUUGCCAGUGUUGCCCCUACUCCCUGGUGUCCUUGCAGGAACUUCUCAGGUCCUCUGCACAGGACCCUUACUCAGGCCUGGACACUGCUAUGGCGCUGCUCUCCGGGUAGAUGGGGCCGAUCCACAGGGAAGAGCCGGAUUUAGGCAGAGCCCAUUUCAGGUGGCUUGGGGGCAAUGAGCACAUGACCAGGGCCCCUGUACCUGGCUGUUGGUCCCAAGUGUUGUCUUGCUGCCCCCAGUGUGUGUGAGCGUGAGAUGCUGUGGAUUCCAUGCUGCUCUAGCUGGGGUGUGAGUGCAACUGGACCCCCACCUGUGUGCCUGUCACCCCCAGGGUCCCAGGAUGGCAAGGAGGGAGGUUACCUUGCUUCCCCUGCUGGCCAUAGGCCCCAUGUACCCUCGUCUCCCACAGUUGGCCACCAGAAACCAGGGCCGCUUUGCGGGGCAGGUGCCUUCCAAGGGCUUCCUGCUUGGUCCACUCCUUCACUCCCCUGCAUGCCGGCCUGGGCUCCGCGUGCCUCUUGGGCUAGGCCCAGCCUGACAGGAAGGUGGCUGGCCAGUUGCCCUGGCACAGGGCUGUCCCAUGAGCGGAUGUUUCCGUCAUGAGCUUGGCUUCAUUAAAUGCAGUGUUUCUAAA